UGUCUUACCAUAUAUUCGGGCUUCGUUCUGGGAGGCGGGGGCAACGGAUGUGUUCCAGGGGCCGGGGGUAGGGGGGAGUCCCGAGGGCAAACCUCGUUGGCACCUGGAACCAGCUUAGCCAGGGAACAGAUAAACAGUCACACGGCUGGCACCUGCUCUAAUCGCCUCAGAGCGUGUCAUUCUUUUCAGACCCGAUGGGGCGCUGUGGCCUCUUCCUGCCGGGCAGGCUGGGCUCGCCCCUCCAGGCCCCGCCCCGCGCGACCCCUCCCCCGCCCCUGCCCCGCGGCCGCGGCUCCGCGCCCAGGCUCGGGACCUCCAGGUCCCUCAACCGUUCUAACAGCUGGGAUCCCUGGAGCUGCCGGCCUCGGCCUACGAUCUGCUUCCUUUGGUUCCCCGGCACCGGCGUUGCCCCUGCCCCCAGGAAGGCGCCCUCCCACGGGCUACCACGGAGCGCCCCCUCCGUCCUCCUCCUGCGGCCCGCUCCUUUGCCCCUUGUCCCUCUAGGUUCCAUCGCGUCCCGGCCACCGGCGCUCACCAGCCCCCACUCUGAAGCUUCCUCGCCGCGACCGAGGUUCUCCGGGCGCUGCCAGAUGAAACGUCAUCCGCAGAGCUGGCUGUCUUCGCGUCCCUUGCCUCCCAUACCCCCUAGGCCAGGGCUGGGCCGCGCAGGUGAAGCCCCAAAGCAGAGAGCCUGGAACUGGCAGUUGGAGCCUGAACUGUGGGCAAAAUCGCUUCGACAGCAGCUGAAUGUCCAGCUCCUCUCUGCCCUGGAGGAGAAGAGGGCAGGUUUGUCUCUCGAGGCAGUAUCAUCGGAUUCCCUUGAGUCUUGGCACUCUGUAUGUAGCCUGGACAGCUCAAGACCUGGGCCUUGGCCCUUCCAGACGAAACAGAGGAAAGUCCUCACAGCAGCACCUGACUUAGAGCGGCCGAGGGCGCUGCAGCUACUGCUAGCUGAGCUCCAAACUCUGUUCUCCGCUGUGCUGCAGGACCGCAGCCCGGCCGCUUGGCGCUACCUGCAUGCGGUGCUGGGUCUCCUGCCUCCGUAUCGUGAGUUGCUAGUCGGGCACCUUGAUUUGCUGCCCUUCCUGGAGCAGCUGUAUUGCUGGGCUCCCUGGGUCCAAACCCAUCUCCAGCUGGACCUGCUAGAUGCCAUCGACCACGCCUUGCCCCCAGACAGCUCUUUGUCGCACAGUGCCUCCCAUGCUGACUGCCAUCCCCAGAAGAAGAGGUUCCAUCGAGGGCCACCGUGCCCACCCUGCCCUUUUGUGCAGACCCGGUGGGGUGGGCAGCAAGUAAAGCAGGAACUGGCCACGUGGCUGCGACCGCUGACACUGCCUGAGCUGCAGCACUGCCUGGGCAUUGUCGGUGCGGAGGUGGCCCUAGAAGAGGCCCAGUGGUUGGGCAGUCUCAGUCUCCUGCCCUUGGCACUGGCUACAGACAUCCCUGUGCAGUAUAAAAGCAGCGACGCUAACAGCGUAGACGAGGAGCCUGUUGGAAGCAAAGACGCUAAGCCUCAGUUGGACUAUGAAGUUUCUGGGGAGAAACCCUUCCAAAAGAGAAGUAGUAGCUUCUCGUCGGAGACUUUCUUCUCUGGUAGCGAGGUGUUGAGCAUUCUGGAUAUGGAGAGAUACCGGAAUAAGAUCCACUUCCUCUACCUCAAUGUGGCUCCCAGUCGGUACUUUAGGCCGUACAAUCUGGUGGUGGUGCCCGCAAAAAGUGUGAAUCCUGAGCACUACAUCUUCUCUCCCUUUGGGAUCCUGCAUGUACAUCCCGUGGAGGGCAAUGAGGCUUUGACGCUGGGUGCCUGGCACCACCAGUGUAUUCUCUGGCAGCAGCUCCAGCUCAUUCCAUUCUUUAAGUAUUGCCUUGUACGCAAGGCCUUCGCCUGCUGGAGGAAGAGCGUAAGGUGGCAGGGGCUGUGUCGGCUCCGGACUUUCCUCGGGAACCAUCUGCUCUCAGCUGUGCCCCAUUUUGGAGCUGGGCUUCUCCAUAUUAACAGGCUUCUGCAGGAGCUACACUCUGUGUCCUGGCUACCCCAGGAGCCGGAUCGGUGCUAUGAGCUACUGGAUCUGAAGAAGGCUCUAUUCAAGGAGAGAAGGAAGGCUCUGCAGUUACUCCGCCGCUGUCUGAACCUCUGUACAUCUAUUCUUCAGCUGAUCCACGAGGACACGUACCACAUGCAGCAGGGCCUGCAGGAGCGAGUGCAGAACAGCCACAGGAUCAGGACGGGCCAGGGCUCCAUCUACCUGCUCAAGGUGCAGCGCCAGCAGCUGGAGCAGAAGCUGAAGCAGGCAGAGACCUGGUUGCUGCAGUUGGGAAAGUUUGCCCGCCUGGUCAGCUACAUGAUCUGUCAGAACCUUGUUACGAUCCUGGAAGACGAAAUAACCUCCUUUGUGGCCAACAGCCUGCAAGCUCCAAGGCAGAAACCCUUUCUUUCAUCACAGCUGGUAUGUGGUGAGGGUUGCCAGCUCUCCCCUAUGCCCAGUAUUGAAAGUAUGACCGAAAUUCUGUCUGAGGGCCUCCAUUCCACCAAGGCGUCUGCCCUGAAGCUAAUGCAGUCUGCUGACCUGAAGACCUUGAGGGGUUCCCUGUAUUUUGAAGGUGCUCCACCAGCAGAAGAUGAAGAGGACAACUUGGACUCAGAGCUCCUGACGCCCAAGUUUCAGGGCCAGCCCAGCCAUGCUGUUCGCAUCUUCUGUGGCCCAAACGUAGGACUGCUGUGGCCCUGGAAGUCUCACCCAAUUACUGAUAUCCUAGAGGUCCGUGGGUCCCGGCUUCGGGGCCAGUACUUGCCGCCCAAUUAUCAUCAGCUUCAGGAGGAUUUGGAUAACAACCUUGGAAUCCAGGAGGCCCUGACUACACAGCAGGCACUGCUGGAGGGCAUGACGCAGGAGGUGCAGGAGUUCUGCAGGGAGCAUCGCUGGAUAACAGAGGUUUAUGAGUUCCUGCAAGCCUGGGGGCCUCAGAAGCUGGAAGACAUGCGAGGGUGUCCCGUCGCGAGCUACGUCACGCUGGUGAGCCAGCUGAGCGCUUGGCAGGCCCACGUCUCCAAUAUGCCGGUGCAGCUUCUCACGAAAGGCAGUCUCCUGCUGCUGAGCUGCAGGGAGGUGCAGGCGGAAUUGGAGUCCAAGCUGGACAGCAUGAAGGAGGAUAUUCUUACACAGGUGCAGAAUGAAUGCUGGAGCCGCAGUCAGCAACUAAUGACAGAGCUCACGGGUUUCAUACAGGUCUUCCAAACCAUCAGUACGGACAUUCAUUCCAUUGCACUGUGCUCCCAGAAGGUGAAUGAAGCCAACGAGGAGUUCAUUCAGCUGGAGGAGCGAAUAGAAUACAUCCGGUCCCUCCAUGAGUUCAUCCGCAACUACUUUAACAUCUUCAGUGCUGAGAAUGAGGCACUGGAUAACUCGCUUCUGGAUAUGUGGGAGGCAUUUCAGUUUGAGAAAACGCAGGCCUCCGAGUAUCUGCUCAGCAAGCAGUAUGCCAUCGUGCCCAAGCUGCAGCAGCUGAUGGCAGCAGCACUGGCCGAGCUGGAAGGCCUGCUUAAGAAGGCCCUGUCUGGUCCCUUCAUGGACCCCACGCAAGAGCAGAAGAGCACCGAGAGCAAGCUCAUCUCCAUGGAGCAUCAGUUCGAGAACACAGCCAGGCACCUCGGUGAACUACACCAUGCCUACGUCACCUUUACGGGAGAUGAGAGCCCCGUGCCCCUGCCAGUCUGUGGGACCCGUCCUAUCGUGCUGCAGCAACACAUCUGGCACCUGUACCGAACCAUCUCUGAAACGUUCAGCGAAUGGAAGUGCAUCGCGUUUGUCAAGUUCAGCCUGUCUGUGGCCCAGGAGAAGACAGAUGGCUGGCUGACAGAGGCGGCGCGGAUGAGCACAACUCUAGGGGUGCACAGCCCCGUGCUGCAACGCUGCAUGCGCAUGCUGGAAGAGUUCCGAGGCUACCUGCCCUUGCUCACCAAGCUGGGCAGCUCCCAGAGGCAGAACCUUAACUAUCAAUCCCUCAUGAGGGCCUUAGGGCUAAGCAAUCUCCAAAGUAUGGAACUCCUGACACUGGGUCAGCUGCUCACUUGUCCAUUGCUGGAGUUUGCAGAUCGAAUCAAUCAGGUCUGGCAGUGUGACAAUGAACGAACGCGUGCCCAAGAGAGCCUACAACAGCUGCAGCAGGACUGGGAAGUGCGCCAGCUGCGCCUGCUCAACUUUAUCCUGUACGUACCUUACGAGUCCUCAGCCUCUGAACACUCCAAGAAGCAGACGGUCCCCAGCCCCCAGUGGAAAGCAGUGGGCAAGGACAGUGGCACCUUCAUCCUCUCAGACUACGGCAGCUUACAAGAUUCCAUCCAGAAAAGUCUUCAGUCAUUGUUCAAGGUCCUGGCCAUCCAAAAGUCAGGAGACUUAUACAAAAUGGCACUGGAGUGGAUGACCAUCAUGCAAAGCCUGGGUGCCCUGCUGGAGCUGUGGAUGUCUUUUCAGCAGAAAUGGAUUUUUCUGAAUAAAGUUCUAUAUGAGAUGAAGAUCCAGUUUCCUAGUGCUGAGCUGUACACUCGUUUCAAGGCUGUGGACGAUCAGUAUCGGGUGCUGAUGCGCAUCUCUGUAGCUGACCCUCUGGUUCUGUCACUUAUACUGCCCAGUGCCAAGAGAAGCCCUUACUUUCAAGGUCAGCAGCUACAACAGCAGCUGCAAGCAGGAUCAGUGGAGCUGGAGGGCAUUAUCAUGGCUCUGGAGACUGUGCUGUAUGGGGUGUGUGCCCACUUCCCCCGCCUCUUCUUCCUCAGUGACAGCGAGCUGGUGGCCCUGCUCGCUGCCCCUCUAGAGCCUUGUGAGGCUGAGCUGUGGGCACAUCGCUGCUUUCCUCCCAUGCAUGCUGUGAGCUUCAAGUCCAGCCCAAGCGAUGAGAAAAACAUGGAUGACCAAGAGUCAAGCUCAAGCAGACAGACUCAGGUGGAGGCACUUGCUGUGCUAGGGGAAGGAGGGGAGGUGGUGAAGCUGCAGGGACCCCUUCUUUUGUAUCCAGAUCUCCCCAAGUGGCUGGCCUCUCUGGAGAACUGUCUGCACUUGGCACUUGUGUGCAUGUUGCAGGACUGUGUGGCGGCCCGUCUUGAAGUGAGACCUUCCAUAGGUGAGACCUUUAAGAAGUUGCCUGAGCAAAGCCAGUCGGCCCUACAUCCAAAUAUUCAGCACUGGCUAGAUUUAGUCCAGGCCUUCCCAUGGCAAUGUGUAAUGGUAGCAGAGGAGGUGGUGUGGCGGGUUGAGAUGGAGGAGGCUCUGCUUGAGUUGGGGACCCUGGCCACAACCCCCAGGCAUAUACACAAGCUUGAGGUACUGGUGCAAUUUAUGCGAGCUCAGAGGAGCUCCCAAGGAGGGCAGCCCCUACUCUCUGUCCGCCAGGCCAGCCUUCUCAGCGCUCUGCUGGUCAUGGCAGUGACUCACCGGGAUAUAGCACAGCUGCUGGAGAAGCACCAGGUCAGUGAUCUGACAGACUUCCACUGGGCUCGCCAACUCAAGUAUCACCUGGGCUCACCUCACUUGAUCCCCGAAAGCCCUCUGCAGAGCCUUAAGACUGUUGUAUCCACUGAGCCUUCCCUGACACCAGCUGCAUGCUGGAUAGAUGUGCUGGGUAGGUCCUUCCUAUAUAAUUAUGAGUACCUGGGUCCCAGACUGGGGCCUCUACCCAGCCUGCUGCUUGAGCGGCCAGUGCUGGUUCUGUUAUUGGCCCUGGAGGAGGUGGCCUGUGGGACCUUAGUGGGCCCCGAUGGUGUGGGCAAGACAAGUAUGGUGAAUAGCCUGGCACGGGCUCUGGGCCGCCAGCUGGUGAUGAUGCCAUGCUUGCCUCAGAUACAGGCCCGAUGCCUGAGCAACUACUUGCUUGGUGCCCUGCAGGGCGGAGCCUGGCUGUUGUUGGAGGGAGUUGAGCACCUACCUCCCGGCUUGCUCUCUGCCCUAGGCCAGCGCUUGGCUGAACUGCGCUGCCUCUGUGCCCCACUGUACCAGGAGGCUUCCCAAAGCAUCAGCACCAUAGACCCCACCAAACCCCAGAUCCUUGGCAGUGGCUCGUUUGAGAAACAUCAUGUGUCCGUGCGCCUCGGCUAUGGCUGCCUCCUGACACUGCGGGCCCUGAGCCCUGCUGUGCCUGCCAACUUGCAUCUGCUUCUGCGGCCUGUGGCACUGGCACUGCCUGAUCUGCAGCAAGUGGCAGAGCUGACUCUGCUUGGUGCAGGCAUGCAGGAUGCCUCUAGAAUGGCUACCCGCCUAUGUAAGUUCUUCUCCCUAGAGAGUGAGCUGGUGUCCGGGCCCGUGCCUUGCCGCUUGCCACUGCUCAAGCAGAUACUGGAAGAGACAAUACAGACACUAAGUGUGACCAAGAAGGAGGAGGGAGAGGAGGAGGAGGAGGAAUUCAAGCCCCAGGAUUCUAGCAGCCUAGUUGGCAUUGAGGAGGCUGCCUUACUACGUGCUCUGCUGCACUCAUCCCUGUUCAGCAGCCUGGAUGGGCUCCGCCUGCACCACCUCCGAGAGCUGCUCCGCGGGAUUUUCCCUACUGCUGUCCAGGUGCUGGCAGAGCCUAUGACCCGUAGGAGGAUGAAGUCACUGGUGGUAGAGGAACUGCAACAGGUAGAUCUGCAUCCAAGCCCUGACCUUAUGGGGUCUCUGGAGCAGCUCAGCGAGGCCCUCAACUGGGCCUCAGGCAUUGUGCUCCUGGGUCCUGCCGGGAGUGGCAAAACUACUUGUUGGCACAGCUUAUUUAAGAUCCAGAAUCGGCUGGCAGCCCUGGAGAAAACCUCAACCCAGAGGUACCAGUCUGUGGAAAUCACUCACAUGUACCCCAGUGUGCUUAGCUCCCAGGAAUUCCUGGGAUGGCUAGAGGGCUCCCACUGGCACUGUGGUAUCUUUCCCAGGGUACUUCGUGCUGCCCUUCACUAUAGGAGCACGGGCCCGAAGGAGCAGGCUGAGGAACCGCUGAGGAUCCAGCAUUGGGUAGUAUGCGAUGGGGCCUCCAGUGCGGCUUGGCUGGACUCCAUCACUUGCCUUCUGAGUGACCCCCCUCAACUCAGCCUCCCCAACGGGCAACAGAUAGCACGACCCCCAGGUACCUUUCUUUUGAUGGAGUUAGCAGAUGCAACAGGUAUGUCCCCUAUGUUGGUGAGCCAUUGUGCUCUAGUCUGGUGCAGUGGGGAGCAGACAUGGCACAGCAUGCUUAGCACCCUGAUGGCAGCCCUUCCCCAUGAGUACCACCUGCCACCCCAUACGGUCGCUGCGCUCAACCAGCUGGUUGAUGGUCUGGUGCCUGCAACGUUCCGAUUCCUCACUCGCAAGGGUGCUAGUUCUCUGCUGCAGGUACAUGGGCAUCAGGCUGUUUGCCCAGGAGUGGCUGAAGUCACCAGCUUGGGCCGCAUCUUGCGCGGUCUGCUUGACCUCCAUCUUCACCUAGAUGAGGAGAAGAAGGCACAAGAUCUAGAGGACUCCAGCCUCAAGGCUUCAAAAAGCAGCUAUGCAAACUGGCCCAAGGCUGACAGUGAUGAUGGGCCAAAUCAGGACAGGGAGCAUCUGCUCACUCUCAGCAGCUUUCUUUUUGCCCUGAUUUGGGGCUUUGGAGCCCACCUUCCUUCUAGGUCUUGGCCCUUUUUUGAUGUCUUCAUAAGGAGUUCUAUCGGUUCCCUCUCCAACUAUCCUGAGCUACCACCCAUAGCUUUAGUGUUUGAGCUACAUGUGAACCCUGAAGAUGGGACAUUGGUCCCCUUCACUGGCCACUAUCUGAGCAGCCGCAUCAGGGGAACUCUGGGUACCUUCCACCCUUCUACUCAGACCGAACGGCUCUUGUAUGUGGUAGACCUGCUUCUGUCGAGGGGGCAGCCAGUGCUGCUGGCUGGAGAGGAAGCAACGGGGAAGUCAGCCUUUGUGGAGGCGCUAGUGGAGCCAAGCCAUCCUUACAUAUACAGCCCUGUCCACCCUGCCUUCUGUUCUACCCACUUUCGCCUCCUGCUAAGCAGAGGAGUCCAGGACCAAGCACAAGCCAGUCCAUGGUCUGCACAUCACCAGGAUCCCAAAGGUUCCCUCCUCUUCCUGCUGGAGGAUUUGCAUUUGGCUUCUUCUGAUGCGGAGAAGAGCUGCCAGCCAGUGCUGGAGACUCUGCGACAGGCCAUGGACGGUACCGUGUAUGCCCACAGCACACUGGAACUGCAGACACUGCAGCCUACGGUUAACUUCCUUGCCACUACCACAGUGCCAGGAGGCUGUGGGCACCCGCUGUGCCCACGCCUCUUUCGACUCUUCACGGUGCUGGCCCUCGGCAGCGUGACGCAGGCCACCCUGCUGAGCAGGCAUACACCUAGCAUCCAGGCGUGGCUUGAGCGAUUUCCCUCUGUGGAGCAGGUGGGCAUUCUGGGGAAAGCCCUGGUGCAGGCCUCAGUAGAGGCCUGGGAGGCGGUGUGCCGCCGCUUCAUGCCUUCGCCCCUCCACCCACACUACCGUUUUUCCCUGCACUCUGUGAGCCAUCUUCUGGGAAGCCUGCAGCUACUGCCUAGCAAAGUGGGCUCGCAAGUCUUUGAAGACUGUUUCUACGACAAGGAGCACUUGUAUCGGGUGUCAGGGUUGCAGGGCACUUGCCUCACUAUUAUGAUGACCAUGCGCUGCGUUGUACGCCUUUGGUUGCAUGAGGCACAGAGAACUUUUUGUGAUCGGCUGGACAGCCCCAGGGAACGCUCUGAUUGUGCCAAUCUGCUCCUAGAAAUAGCUCAACGUGUCUUCUGCCAUGGGCCAGGGCGCCAGCCCUUGGGCAAGGACCAUAAGGAAGAGGAGGAGGAGGAGGAGGAGACGGUACCUGAAGUAGAAUCUGAGGGAGAGUUGGCCCAAUGGGAAAACAUGAGCAACAGCAACAGCGAAACAGAGGAGGAAGAGGACCCUUACGGCCUUCAGGCCACCCCAAGCUCAUACUCCACUGAUCCGAGUCUAGCACCAUCCAUAAAGACAGUAAGCCUGGAGCCCAUGGAAAGCAUAAGUCACAAGGCGGAGCAGGAAGAAAGCAGAAGGGCUUCCAGCUGUAAGCUCCAGUCAGAGGAAUCCAACAUUUGGUGGCAGAAGGCAGGCCCGAUGGACAUGGUCACACCCCUGUUGCUACCAGUGCUACUACUCCGUCCCAAGGAAAAGCCCUCAGACCUGGUCUUCUGUCAGGAGCUGAUACUUGGGUCCAAUUCUGAGGGGCCUAAUUUGUAUCUAGAAAGACAGUGGGUGCGCUUGGAAAAACAGCUGGCCACGUCAGCUGCUCAGCUGCGACUCAGCCCCCACCUUGUCCGGAUCCGCCCCCUGGCCCAGCAUGUGGCCCGCCUGGUCCGGGUGCUGUCCAGGCCCCGCCAGCAUGGCCUACUGCUCUCAGGGGCUCUGGGUACUGGGCGCCGUACUGCUAUCACUCUGGCCACUAGCAUCUGUCAGGCUCACCUCUUCCAUCUGCCAACUGGGCCCGAGGAGGCCAUUCUCCGGUGUCUACGAGAUGCCAGCUGGGAUGCUGGAAUGUUAAGCCACCCGGUGGCCCUGCUGGUGCCCAAGAGUGUGGAUCUCACUACUCUUUAUCGGCUGGCAGCCCUGGCAUCUGUAGGCAACUUCCCUGAGCAGUACACAGAGGCAGAUUUGGACAGCAUCGAAGAACAUCUCCCCAGGGAGAACCUUGGUAUCAAAUACAACACGAAGAAGGAAAUCGUGUUGCAAAGGUUCUACCAGCAAGUAUGUAGCCACUUGCACAUGUUUUUCUUGAUGGGAGAUGACCAGGCCCAAAAGAAGCUGCCCUCCACCUUUUUUCUGAGGCUCCUUCAACUAGCCACUGCCAGCAUUGACCACUACGAAUCUUGGGACCAAGCUUCCCUGGUGAGAGUGGCCCAGUACCACCUGGAGGGUGCUGAAAGCCUACCCCUUGAUGACGGAUCCUUCAAGUGCCCAGACCUCCAGGCCUCAAUUCCUAGUGUGGCUAAAGCCAUGGCUCUCAUCCACCUUUCUGCUGCCUACUACCAUGAGCACUUGUGCCCUGUAUUGCCUCUUGUCACCCCCAAGACCUUCUUAGACUUCUUGGAUACUUUCCUGCUGCUGCAGCAAAAGAUGAUCCUGAAGAUGAAAAAUAGAGCAAAGAUGAUCCAGAACGCCCUGGAGAAUCUGCGAAUUCUGGUUGAGCAGCACAGGGUCCGCACCACCCUGGUCAUCAACUUGGAGCACCAACUAAAAGACUCCCAGAAGAACCUCAACCAAGCUCAGCAGCAGCUAGAGCAGAGCAAGCUCCUGUACAAGCAGCAGCUGUCAGAGUGUCGACACCAGGAGAACCUCACUGAGAACCUGGCCAAGCAGCGGGAUGCCCUGCAGGCUCAGCACGAGGCUUUCCUCGACCAGAUGGGCAAGGCGUUUCUGGGUCCCCUGAGCCAGCUGCAGGUGGCUGACUUUGAAGAGAUACGGAGCUAUCGAGCACCACCCGAAUCUGUAGUGCGGGUGACUGAUGCGCUAUGUGAGCUGUUCCACCGUGAAACCGGCUGGGCCAGUGCCAAGCAGCUUUUAUGCACUGAAGAUUUUUAUCAGGAGCUGGUGUUCUUCCCCAAGGAGAAGAUGACAGACUUGGAGCUGGUCAGGUUGAACCAAGCUCUGAAGGCCCCGGGUAUGAGCGACGCAGCCCUGAGGGCAGUCAGCGUGCCUGCAGCGAGCCUGGCGACCUGGCUGUGGGCCGUUCUGCGCUACAGGCUGGCACAGCACCGGGGACUGCCCACGGGCCUACUGCUGCGGCAGGUGGAGGCAACCCUGGCUCGGGAGCAGGCCCGCCUAGGCCACUACCAGCUGCAGGCCCAGGAGAAGCUGGAGGAUAUUUUGACCUGGACUAAGAAGGUGCAGGAUGCCCACGCUGCCCACAGAUGUAUGCUGGGCACGCUCACUCUGGCACAGCAUGGCCGUUAUCAAAAGUGGACCGUGAGGCCUGCACUGAUCACACCCAUACACACUUGGACUAUGCAGCUCCAGGUAACGGCCCCUCCCAGCCAUCUCCCUCCUGGUUCAUUUACACCCCAGCAGUGCUCACAAUUCCUGCACCCAGCUCUCCUCACCACCCUACUGGCCUGCAUACCCUGCCUUGCUGUCUCUCGCGAGACCCUCUUCCUGUCUGCCCUCCCAGCCUACAUACUUCUGCUCUCCCCUCCACGCCAGAAUUUGAAGGGACACUGCCUGACCGUGUUUGGAGAUGCUCUUGUGUGUUCAGCUGCUAUUGUCUACCUGGGUCCCUUCCCACCACCACGGCGCCAGGAGCUCCUGGACAAGUGGCUGGCCCUGUGCAGGGGUUUUCAGGAGGCCCUGGGCCCAGAUGAUGUGGCACAGGCGCUGAAGCAAAAGCAGAAGUCUGGCAUCGUCGUGCCACCAAAGACCCCCCUGCUGCCCACACGCUUACCCUUCAGAAUUCUGUCCUUGCUGAGCUGUAGUUCUGAACAGAACCGGUGGGACCGGGACCUGAAGCCCCAGGUGAAGUCGGCUCGCCUGGCAGGGCUGCUCCUGCGAAGCUGCACCCACUACCAUAGUUGCCGUUGGCCUCUGCUGCUUGACCCCAGCAACCAGGCCCUCAUGUGGCUGAGCCCGCUGCCUCUGGAAGAGAACAGUUGCUUGGCUUCAGCCCCCAUGGAGGGCGGAGGGAAUGGCCUCAUGGGGAAUCCAAACAGAGAGAACAAAGAGGAGCCCAUGGGAGGAGGCGAUGAUAAUGGAGAGAGAAACGAAGCUAAAGAGCAGGCCCAAGCACAGAAGGCAAAGGAACAGGAGAAUGAGGAGGAGAAGGAAGAGCACAAGGGGGAAGAGGAAAAGGAGGAAGAGGAAAAGGAGGAAGAGGAGAAAGAGCACGAGGCAGAGAGUCAGGGGUCAAAACCUGCCUGUGAGACCCCGUCUCCGCCUCUUCUCUGCCUCAGUGUGCUCUCAGGCACUGACCCAAAGUUGGGUCCUCGGCUCAGGGAGGCAGCUGCCAGUGGCCAGCCCGUGCUCCUGACUAACAUGGAGCUGGGCCUCGGGUGCCCAGAACUGCAGUGGCUGCUGCAGCGGGAGCAGCUGAGUCCACCGCACGUGCAGCCUGGCUUCUGCCUCUAUCUGAGCACGACCCUGCCCCUCCAUGCCCUGGAAAAAGUGCUAGGUUGUGAACUGCUGAAGGGGCUGAAUGUCCUGGAUCUGGGCCUAAACUUGGAAGUACUAGAAAACCAGGUGCUACAUGAAGUCAUGCACAGAGAGUGUCCUGAGCUUGAGAUCCGCUGGGAGGACCUAAAGACCAGAGCCCUGGAUGCCUGCGAAGCCAUAGAGGCUGCUGAGGAACAGUUGCUGACGAUGCUGCUGUUCCAGAACCCACUGCAUGAGAAACCCACCAAGUUUAUGCGGGACAUUGUGAGAGCCCAGGCAAAGAUCUGUCAGAUGCAGGCCCAUUAUGAGGAGCUGAAAGAACAGAAGCUGCAGGAGGUGGUAUUGUGGGUACCCUACCAGCAGGUGGUUUGGCAUGGAAUAGCCAUAGUAAAGACCCUAAGCACUCUGCAGAACUCGCUGCCCUUUUUCCAUAUGAGUGCAGAAAACUGGCUGGCAGCAAUCAGGCAAGCUCUGGACAGCAUGAAGCCGCAUGAUAUCCAGCACAGGGAGGACCUGGCCAGCCAUCUGCUGCAGCUGAAAGCACACCUGACCCGCCAGCUGCUGGGCAUUACCUUGACUGCACUAGGACUAACCCAAGUGCCCUUGGUGGGUGCCUUGGGUGCUUUGGCUCUGCUGCAAGUGACAGAGAAUGCACCAAAGCUGGAGAGGCUGGCACUCUGGCCUGGACUGGCAGCCUCUCCCAGCACAGGCUACCAGAAGCCAGACCCAGGUGUGGUGCGGCCAGCCUGGCUCACACCGAGAGCCUGGCACGAAUGUGGGAUAUUAGAAGUGCUGCCCCCGUUUGUUGGGCUGCGUGCCUCCCUGGCAGACCGCUCCAAGGUUUGGCAGGAUUACCUGUCACUGCAUUCCACAGUGCUGGGUCCUGCACCUGGGCCCAGCUCUGAACCACUCAGCCUCCUCCAGAAGUUGAUCCUGUGGCGUGUGCUACGGCCCGAGAGCCUAGCAGGUGCCCUAGCAGACCUUACCACCAGCCUCCUGGGCCGGCCUCUGGAUGAGAACCUGGGUAUCCCCACCUUGCCCUUUGAACAGAGUCAGGCUACUCAGCCCAUUCUGAUCUUGUUGCCACCGCCUGGCCACCCCACAACCACCCUCCAUCCUCUGACUGUUAUCCAGAAACAGGCUGCCUCAAAUAAGCAGGGGCAAAAUCAUCUGCAGGUGAUAGCCCUGGGCUCAGAGGCCUGGAACCCAGUCUCGGAUGUGGUCAGCACCCUAAACCAGGCCAUGUUGGAGGGGCACUGGUUGGUGCUGGAUAACUGUCAUCUGAUGUCCCACUGGCCAAGAGAGCUACUGCAGCCCUUGCUGGGGCUGUUGGAUGGAGCCAAGGUGGUCUCGGACCAGGAACAGGCUUUGCUUUUAGCUCAAGCUGAAAGCAGGAAUGCUGCCACCGUCCAUAGAGAUUUCCGUCUUUGGCUUAUUGCAUCUGCAGAGGCCAGUGCUUCCUUGCCAGCUGUGCUGAGUCAGCACUGCAUGCCUGUUUUCUGGGACCAGUCCCUGGAGCUGGGUCACAUCUUGAUCCACAGUCUGGAGCUGGCCCAGCAAGGAUCCCACAUGCAGUCCCCUACCCAGGCACUGCCUCUGCUGCUCCUGCAUGGGCUCCUGCUGCACCGGCAGCUCUACGCAGCGAGGUUGCAGGCACACCGGGGGCGCUGGAGUCAUUUGACCCUGACCCAGGCCCUGGAGACCCAAGAGCAGCUGUGGGCUAGUCUCAGCAAUCCAAGCACUGCCAUGCAAGAGCUGGCUGCUUCAGUUUUCUAUGGGGGAUCUCUGGGGGACACCAAGGACAGAGAGGCCCUGAUUAGCCUCACCCAAGCCUGCCUGCGCCCCAGGAGCCAUAGCUGGGUCCAACCACACACACCUCAGUAUCUGCUGGCCACCCUGAUGCCCAGCCCAGAUCUGGGGAAGCUGGAUGCUAUGGCAGAAUGCAAGGCCCAGAUGCACCUCCUGCCCACACCGUCUGAACCCCAGACCUGUGGACUGAGUGAGGGCCCUCAGGCCUGGCUGUUGCGGCGCCAGAGUCUCACGCUCCUGCGCGUGCUCCAGCAGAGUUCAACCACGUGGGUUCCUGCCGCUCGCGGAGGUGCCAGGCGCACGGAAAGGCGGCUGUGGCAGCGCCUGGUGCAAGCCAAGCAGAAGCUGGAGUCAUUGCAGGCCCUGCUCAGCAACCACACCCGCCGAGACCCGUCCUCGGCGGUGCGGGGGCGCGGCACUAGGCGGCCUCUGGAGGACUUCCUAGAGGCCGAAGCGCUGGAACUGAGUCAGCUGGUGGGUACACUGCAGCGCGACCUCGACUGUCAGUUGCGGCAGCUGAAGGGUGAGCCCCCUUGCCCCUCCCACCGCUGCGCCGCGGUGGCCCACGCUCUCUGGACUGGCCGCCUACCCGCGCCUUGGCGACCUCAUGCGCCCUCUGGCCCGCAGCCGCCCUGGCAAUGGCUGCGACAGCUCUCGAGCCGUGGGGAGCUGUUGGUUAGUUACCUGGGCGCCAACGCAGGCACCGAAGUAUCAGAGCGCGUCUUCCACCUGUCCGCCUUUCGGCACCCGCGCCGCCUGCUGCUAGCACUGCGUUGGGAGGCUGCCCUGGAGCAGCGCCUGUCCAACUUGAAAUUUCCGGGCAGCGAAGGCCCCAGCUCCUGUCCUGUCCCGCACAGACAUCGGGAACUGAGCGGCAGCCCUCUGCACCUCCGGGUGGAGAAUGGCCCGAGUCCCAUGGUUCCAGAGACAGGGCUGCUGCUGGUAGGACUGCAGCUCCUGCAUGCCAAGUGGGACCCGGCAGCUGGGGCCUUGCAGGACUGUGCAUCCAGCCAGCCCAGCCCUCUGCCGCCUGUCAGCGUCAGCGCGCGCGCCCAGCGCGCCGGUGUCCUGUCAAGGGCGGCUGGUCCGGCUGUGUACUCCUGCCCCGUGUACCGGGCAGGGCCCCUCGGCGGCACUAAGCUGCACAGCAGGAACAUCCUGAUGCAUAUUCCUCUACCCACGAAACUCAGCCUGGCCGCCUGCGUCCAGCGGAGGGUCCAUGUGUGCAGCCCACCCCUGCCCUGAGCUCUCUACCGAAAUAAAAUUGUGAUUCCGUGAA